GAUGAUAAAAAAAGAAUUUUUCAUUACACACACCUACCCAAUUACACAAAGCUUUUAUAUAAACAGUAUCCAACCCAACCCACUUCUUUACCAUCCCAAACACACAAAAAAAUGAGUCAACACAACAUCUUAGAAGCUCUAAAUGUUCGGGUCGUGGGUACGGGUGAUCGGAUCCUGUUUUUAGCCCAUGGAUUCGGCACAGACCAAUCAGCAUGGCACCUGAUCCUUCCUUACUUCACCCAAUCCUACAGAGUCGUCCUCUACGACUUAGUCUGUGCCGGCAGUGUCAACCCCGACUACUUCGACUUCAACCGCUACACGACUCUCGAUCCUUACGUCGACGAUCUCCUCAACAUCGUCGAUUCCCUCGGGAUCCAAAACUGCGCUUACGUCGGCCACUCCGUCUCCGCUAUGAUCGGAAUCAUAGCUUCGAUCCGUCGCCCUGAGCUUUUCUCGAAGCUGAUUCUCAUCGGAUUCUCUCCUAGGUUCCUCAACGACGAGGACUACCACGGAGGGUUCGAAGAAGGAGAGAUCGAGAAAGUUUUCUCGGCUAUGGAAGCUAACUACGAAGCUUGGGUUCACGGUUUCGCUCCGCUCGCCGUUGGAGCUGAUGUUCCCGCGGCGGUUAGAGAGUUUAGUAGGACUUUAUUCAAUAUGCGUCCGGAUAUAUCUCUGUUCGUGUCGAGGACGGUGUUCAACAGCGAUCUGAGAGGAGUCCUCGGGUUGGUUAGGGUUCCGACUUGCGUGAUUCAGACGGUGAAGGAUGUGUCAGUUCCGGCUUCGGUGGCGGAGUAUUUGAGAACUCAUUUAGGUGGAGAUACGACCGUUGAGCAGCUUAAAACUGAAGGACAUUUGCCGCAUCUUAGUGCUCCGGCUCAGCUAGCUCAGUUUCUCCGGCGAGCUCUUCCUCGGUGACCUUUCUUUUUUGAGAAUGUGUGUGUGAGAAGAAAAAAUAAAAAGUAGGAAUAUGGAAAUUGUGGGGUCCACAUUGAAAGAUAGUGUGAUCUCUCUCUUCUAUUUGUGGAGGACAGUUUGGCAUUGUCAAAUCUUAUCUUAGGAUUAUGAUUUGUUCACUCCACACGUGACAUGUGACUUUUCUCUCUUUUUUUUUUUUUUUCCUUUUGAUUACUUGAUAUUUGAUAAUAACAAAACAAAAUUGGCACUGGAAUUAUUUAUUUCGGAGAAUAACAAAAUAAUCUUAUCUUUUAUCUC